UUGACUUGACCUAGACCUAGGCUAGUAGUAGAGACUUGACCUUGACAUGACUUUUGUUUGAUUGUUGACACUUGUUACUUUUUGUGACGUAGGCCCUAGACGAGACAAUAGACAAAGAGAAAACGGGAAAACAAAACAUGAUGUGCUGGUGUUCCGUCCGGCUCCCAACCCAACCCCCAACGAACGGCAACGCCACGCCACGCACGGCACGACUGGACUGACACUGGUCUGAUCCUUAGAAUUAAAUCUUCUGCAAAGUAAAGUUUUAUAAUAAAUGAAAAUGUAAUACUUUGUUGUUAGGCUAUUAAUUAUCUGCUUUUUAUAUGUAUCUACAACAUCACAACUUAUCCGUCUGCGUUCAGCCUAACCUAUUCUUUUGAACAUGUCAGACAUAGACUCAGAUACCUUAGGGGUUCAUAUCAAGAAAGAGCUUUCAGUUUAUGAGGAUGUGAAAGAAUCAAAAUGGAACCUCGUUAAUUUGAGCAUGGAAGCGAAGGAGGUCCAAAUUUGGAAAAAUGAAAUAUCCACAAUCAAAGAUUUAAAGAUCAAAUCGAAAACGGAAAUAAACAAUGACGAAACACCAAGCACUGUUGAAAGUAAAUCAAAACUUUUUGUGAAAAUCAAACGUAACAAUAUACUGGAACAAGCUCUCAAGGAGGAGAUGAAGAAUUUGUCUCAGGGUCAAAAGUGUGUUUCUGCAGGGAAAGAACAGGUAAACCAACUUCCUGAAACAUCACUCAACACUGAACUCCCACUAGUAAAGAAAAAGAAUAUUCAGCCACAUUUGAAGAUGUUUGUCUGUGUUGAAUGUAACAGAUGUUACAGAAGAGAAGAACAACUUACAAAUCACAGGUGUGAGGAUGCCAAAACAUGCUCAGAUGAUAAUAUACCUGUCAGUGUUUUGAAACAUAAUCUCAAUGCAAGAAAUCUACGCCACAUAUGUGGAGUUUGUGGUGGAAGUUUUAAGACUAAAGAUUCAUUACAAACUCAUGAAGCUCAACACGGAAUAUCCUUCUCUGGUGCCAGCUAUAAUACAAUAUUUAGUAAAAAGUCUGCUUUAGUUAAUCACAGUAGGAAUCACUUACAUCCAGAAGCAACCAAGAAAUGUAGAGUUUGUGGAACUGACAUUGGAAAAUUUAAUCAGUGUCAAAAAGCCAUUUGCUUUUCCAAAAUAUUUCCCUUUUCUUGUUUGGGAUGUACAAAACGUUUUAAAACCAAGGAGGAGUUGAAAACACACAAUGUGUCACAUUUCACAGAACAGGAAUACAAAUGCACUCAUUGUAAAAAGUCAUUCAAAUAUGAGAGUUAUCAAGGAAUCCAUAUUGAUCUUUUACAUACUCAGCCAAAUAAUAAAUUCUGUUGUGACAAAUGUUCAAAGAGCUUAAAUUUUCAUAAAAUUAAAGCUCAUUCUAAAAAUAGACAUUUAUCUUGUGAAACAUGUGGAGCCACCUUCAAGGAAAAGAAAUUUUUAAGAAUUCAUUGUCUCACUCACACUGGAAUGAAGUCAUACUCAUGUUCAUUUUGCUCUAAGACCUUUGCACAGUUGCCUCAUUUAAAGAGACAUGAACUUGUUCAUACAGGGGAGAAGCCUUAUAUGUGCAACAUUUGUGACAAAUCAUUCAGAGAUUCAAGCAAUUUCAAAGUUCACCAGACCUUUCACUUUGGGUUGAGACCUUUCAAAUGUGAGGAAUGUGGAAAAGAUUUUACUCAAUGGAGUCAUCUAAAUACUCAUAAACAAACUCACAACAAAAUAAGACCCUAUAAAUGUAACAGCUGUGGAGACUCAUUUAAAACAAAGGAUGUUUUGAGAACUCAUGUAUUUUUACAUUCUGAUAUCAAACCAUUCAAUUGUGAACAAUGUGGUAAAUCCUACGUUCAACAUACAGCAUUCAAACGGCACAAAUGCCCGGAAAUAUUGGUGCCAUAAAAAGAAGAUCAAGAAUAAUCAGGAAUCACGAUUUUAAAUUACCACCACAACCUCAGCCUGGUUUUAUACAAAGAUAAACAGAUGGAUGACAUAGAUUCAACACAACGUCAACAUUGACCUAGGAUACUGCAAUUAUACAAACCAUCCUUUUAUGAAAUCGUGUUCAGUUGUGGUUACGUUUAGGGGCGCCUAUAUCAGUGCCCCUAAACGUGAAAAUAUCACUUUUAUUUCAACUACGAAUAUAUUGUAGUUUAAAUUAACUAAUAUGGGAAAUUACGAUGUACGUUUAUUCAAUGAGGGUGGGUAAUUAUCAAGGAUAGAACUGAUAACGGUAUGGAUAAUAAACAUUGACAAUUACUUCAUUAGCUUUACUAGCGUGUUUACUUUUUAUAUUCCUGCUACA